GAAGACAGAACGCCAAGGAUAUCACGGAUGUGAAGAUGACGAAAAGGAAUAUUUCGCCAGGGAAUAAUUACACUUGUGCUUGAAAUCCUUUAGGAGGAAAGAUUUCAACUUGUUCAAAAUGGUGAAACAGCUAGUAUCAUACCUAAUCGUGUUCUCCCUGAUGGGCUUGAGCUGUGCCUGCAGUGGAGCCAAGCUAUUGAAGAGUGGAGGGCUUUCAUGCGAAGAAAAGCGACUCAUUGUGGAUGCCCACAAUAGGCUGAGACAGAGAGUGGCCCUUGGAAAGGUUCCUGGCCAGUCUCCUGCUGAGAACAUGCUGGAGAUGAGUUGGGACGACGAGCUCGCCAGGGGCGCCCAGAAAUGGGCUGACCAGUGCAUCUUCCAGCACAACUCACAAAACGACCGGAGGGUCUCGAGAUUUCUAGUCGGACAAAACUUAGCGAUGACAUGGAGUUCACCGCAUCCGAACAGCCUUGGGGACAAGCCGGACUUCGAAACACAAAUAAACAACUGGUUCAACGAAGUCCGAUACUAUAGAGGGUAUUAUUCAACUCAGGUUGGACAUUACACUCAGCCAAACGGCCUUUACGAGGGGGUUAUGGUAAAACUCGAGGAGCUCAUCUGGGGCGAUACCUACCUGGUCGGUUGCGGGUACAGCUACUUUCUAAAGGGCAAUCAGUACACGAAAUACUACGUGUGUAACUACGGCCCUGCAGGAAAUGUAAGGGGCUUUCCUCCUUAUAAAUCCGGAAGUCCUGCAUGCGCACAACAUGGAACCACGCCGUCCCGAACGUAUCCAGGCCUAUGCCGGAACCAAAAAUACCUGAGUCAACCAUGUUCCAAUUACUUCUACUACUAUUAUUAUUAAUAUAAGUAAAAUUAGUUAUAAAAAUUACCGAUGGCAUUUCAUGAAAAGUUAGAAUUUUUAGGUUUUAAAUGUUGAAAUGAGAGAAAAUGUGUCCUUUUCUUAUGUUACAUAAAUAUUAUGAAUAAAUAAAUUUAUUUUAAUUAUUUUAAGAAUACUGAAUAGGUAAUUUUGAUAAUGGUUUCCUGUAUUGUCAAAAAUUACUGAACAAGGUUGAACAGGAGUGUAUUGGGCGUCAAUUGAGGAAUCCAACAGUGUAUCUAAAUUACAUAAAUAUAGUGGGUAUAAUAUUAUAUACUAUGUGUUUAUAUUAUAUUAUGUUGUAAAUAAAU